ACCGGGGAGAAGAGGUACUGAAGACCCAACAAACCACUUGCAACGGACGCCGCAGCCCAAGGGCGUCCUUAAGGAGCGCACGGGAACUCCAGGGAAGGAGUAGACAGCAGAAGUAGCAGUCAGAGAAACCAGACCCGGCGGAAGCUCUAAGAGGGAGCCAUCGCGUUUAACAUGGAUGGCUGAAAGGACCUCUUUCUCCCACGGAGAUUGAUGGUCAGUCUGGAUGGUCAGGGGGACGUGGGUUCUCUGACUGUCCUCCAGGACACAAAUUCACAGAGAGCACUCCAGGAGCGGCCAGUGACAGAGAAUCUGGAAAUGGCAAAAGCGUAUGUGAAAUCCAAGGAGAUGGUGGAGCUGGUCAACACACCAUCCUGGAUGGAGAAAGGUCUCGGCUCUCAAAAUGAGAUGAAGGAGGAGGAGAGAAGACCAGGUGCUUAUGGGUUACUUGGCAGCUUAACUGAAGAGCAUGACAGUAUUGAGGAGGAAGAAGAGGAGGAGGAAGACGGAGAGAAACCUAAGAGAAGGGGUCCCAAGAAAAAGAAGAUGACCAAAGCACGCCUUGAGAGAUUCAGGGCUCGAAGAGUCAAGGCCAAUGCCAGAGAACGGACCCGGAUGCAUGGGCUGAAUGACGCCCUGGAUAACCUGAGGAGGGUCAUGCCGUGCUACUCUAAAACACAAAAACUUUCCAAGAUAGAGACCCUCAGACUGGCCAGGAACUAUAUUUGGGCUUUGUCUGAAGUCCUGGAGACUGGCCAGACACCUGAAGGGAAGGGCUUUGUGGAGAUGCUUUGUAAAGGGCUCUCUCAGCCUACAAGCAACCUGGUGGCUGGAUGCCUUCAGCUGGGCCCUCAGUCUGUCCUCCAGGAGAAGCACGACGAGAAAUCUCCUAUUUGCGAUUCUACCAUCUCAGUCCACAACUUCAACUAUCAGUCUCCAGGGCUCCCCAGCCCUCCUUAUGGCCAUAUGGAAACACAUCUUCUUCAUCUUAAGCCUCAAGUAUUCAAGAGUUUGGGAGAAUCGUCCUUUGGGAGCCACCCACCUGACUGUGGUACCCCACCUUAUGAGGGCCCACUCACUCCGCCCCUGAGCAUCAGUGGGAACUUCUCCCUGAAGCAAGAUGGCUCUCCUGACCUAGAAAAAUCCUACACCUUCAUGCCACAUUACCCUUCUGCAAGCUUAAACUCAGGGCAUGUGCAUUCAGCUCCCUUUCAGGCCGGUACUCCUCGCUAUGAUGUUCCCAUAGACAUGUCCUAUGAUUCCUACCCCCACCAUGGUAUUGGAUCACAACUCAAUACAAUCUUUACUGAAUAG